AUGCAUACCAGAUUGGCCGUAGCCACGCUCGUGGCCGCUGCCUCGUUGGCGAGCGCUGUACCCGACAGACCGAAGAUCUACUUCCCCAAGAAGAUCAAGCGAGAAAUCACCAACAGCACCAUUACAAGCGCACCUGUUUUGUCCACGCCAGAGAGUUCGGUUUCUAGCUCCUCGGAUACCACAAAGAGAGAUCCGUUUUCGCUAUCCCAGUUCUUCAGCAGUCUCACUGGAGACCGUGACUCGAGCGCAUCCUCUGAAUCUGGUACUUCGUUGUCCGACGAUACGACGUCGCUCAUCGUGAUUUCGCCGAGUACCAUUACUUCGGCGGCUGAAUCCACGGCGACUUCGGCAACUGACAGCACUGCUUCGACAACCACCGCCGAUGAUGCGAGCACAACCGAUAGUGGAAUUGAAUUGCUACCAUCUCUUAGCAUCGACGUGCCGAUUACUCUCGGUGCCACGUCUACCGAUGUUACUACUGCAAACGCGACGACCACAACCGAUGCAACGACCGCAACUGAUGCAACGACCGCAACUGAUGCAACGACCGCAACCGAUGCGACAACCACAGCAGAUGCGACAACUACUGCCGCCACCGCCUCUGAGACCGCAGCAUCCUCGACCGCUGAUUCCACUACCGCUGCGACGGAGGCCGCGACCGACAGCACGGCCACCGUCACUGACGCUGCCAGCGAUACGUCUAUAACCAUCUUGCCCACAGUCACGUCUUCCAGCUCUGGCGAUGGCGGUCUGAUUGGCAUUUUGACAUCUGUUGUGUCCGACGUCACCAGCGCUUUGCUUGAUCCCACGGCCAAUGCGACUGACUCGUCGGCUUCUGUAACUGCCAGUGCCACUGACUCGUCGGUUCUUGCUACAACCACUGCAGCAUCCGAUGCAGCUACCACCACUAGCUCCAGUGGUUUGGACUUGGGUUUGACCUUGACGGACAUCCUGCCCACGGUCGCAGACCCGACAUCGACCACGUUUGUUGGUACCGGUACUGCGGUGACUACUACUGCAGACUCUGCAUCUGCAUCGGCCACUAGCUCUAGCGGACUGGACCUGGGUCUGACGUUGACGGACAUCUUGCCCACGAUCGCUGACCCGACGAGCACUACAUUUGCAGGCACUGGAGAUGCCACGACCUCGGCCUCGGCUACACCCACCAGCUCUUCUGGCUUGGAUCUGAGCUUGACUGAUAUUCUUCCCACAAUUCUUGACCCUACGUCCACAACCUUUGUUGGCACCGGUAGCACAACAGCAUCGGGUUCCGCGUCGGCUACUAGUUCCUCUGGACUGGAUCUGAGCUUAACUGAUAUCUUGCCUACGAUUGUGGACCCAACUUCUACAACUUUCGUCGGUACCGGCGCAUCCACCACUGCCACUUCGAGCGCCGCCAUUUCGGAUAUUCUUUCAUCUCUCGCGCCAACCGUCACUACUUCGGCUGGAGUGUCUGUCAACAGCACCGACUCGGUAUCAGCUACGACGACUUUCACGCCGCCGACCUCUAUUUCCACCCCAGUGUCAGUUGGUCAGAACACUACCAGCAUUGAUUCAUCCACGAUCAUCCCCACCAUUUCCACCAACACCACACAGCCAGAGUCGACUGCCUCGACUACACCCGAGACCAGCUUCACAACAAGCGUCUUCCCCUCUGCCACGCAGAACACCACUCUUCCAGAGACCACAACCGAGACUUCUUCCGAGACGCCUACCAUUACAACCAGCAGCUCCAUUUCGACUACUCCGGUCACUAGCAUCCAAGCGACUGCCACGAUCACCAACUCCCAGUCCUGGUUGCCCACCACUAUCAUCGUGCAGUCUUCCAUCACUGAAUCCGCCGUGUCAACAACAGCUACUUCGACGGGCAUUCCCACCACUCUGCCCAAGUCCAUCACUCCCUUCGAGACACCGUCGGCUCAACCAGAAGGAACGACACCAAUCCAAAUUUCUUUCGGAUACGGCUUUAACUAUGAGUGGAUUGCUGCGCAGUCCAUGGCUGCUGCCCAGCUCUUCUCGCUGCUCCCGCAGGCCAUUGCGUUCGAUCGCAGUCUCUCCACCGAUGAUGUUGUCAUGAAGAGCAUUGUUCCCUACGACACAACUGCUCAACUUGGAUUCAUCACUUCCCAGGCAAUUCUGUACAUCCCGACGUCCUCGGUUGAGCUGUUGAGACUGGACCACAAGAUUCCUUCUUCUGCCCUGUACACGAACCCCAACGCUCUCGUGUACAACAUGACCAGCCAGAUCAACCCCGCCAUUGAUAUUCUCAUUGGGUCAACUCUGGAUGGCAGCAGCACAACCUCGACCGACGGAUCGAGCCCAAGCAGCAGCAGCUCAUCAGGCGGCUCCAAUGAUGCUUUCGGAUCCAGCUCCUCGGGCGACCAGACAAGCCAGCAAAAGGGAACCACUGCUGCUAUUGCCAUGGGUGGUAUUGCUGUUGCUGGAGCGUAUGGUGCUGCCAUGUUCAUCAUUGCCCGCCGGUACAAGCGCAAGAAGCAGAGACACCAGCGCACCAGCUCCGUCAACUCCCCUUCGGAGAUGAGACAGACUGGAAGCCCGGCGUUGAUGGGUGGUGCUCUUCUCAGCCGCGACUUCACUGCAGCUGGCUACGGAGGCGUCAAUGGCCACAACCAAAUGGGAGGCAAUAUGCGAGACAGCCAAGGCAGCGGCAGAAGUGGUAUGAACAACUCUGGCCGCACCGCUUUCAUUUCGGCACCCGUCGCUGCUGAGAACUCUCUUGGCUGGAACUGA